GACUGCAUGAUCUAUUUGCCUCAGAAUCGAAAUGUUCGCCGGCUCGACGAACAUUACGCAGAAGGGCACGUCCGCCUAAAAGCAUUCACGUCUGCUCUACGGCAGAAGUCACAUUCUGGGGUAAGUCAAUUCUGCAGCGGGUCCCCUGCGCGAGCUUGAGGGGGGUCCUUCGCCAGCGUGGCCUCCCGCGAGGUCCCCGACGCCCCAGCAGAACUAUCGGGGCGGGCGGUUCCUGGCCGUCUUCGGCCUCGGGGGGCCCUCGCUGGGCCUCGGGAGCAUCAGCAGAUGAUCCAGGAUGACAAGACGAGUUCGCCGUGCGCCCGGCUUCCGGCGAGGCGUCGGCCGCGUCCCGGAAGGCGGCGUCUUCGCGCCGAGGCGGCCUGCCGGGUGCCCGGCGUCAGCGGGCCACGUGUCCCAGCGCCGGAGGCUCCAGGGCGGGGCCAGCCGGGAGUUCUACUUCAGGGACACGUGCGACGGGUGGGGCUCCCGGAUCCUCGACGUCAUCGGGGCUCUGAUAUCUGCCGAGCGCAUGGGCAUGCGCUUCGCAGGUGUGGUCGCGGGGAGGGAGCCGUGCAGCAUAUCGCACGACGUCCUGAUCGCCCCUGCGAUGCAGGCGUUUUUCGGUUUCGCUGACGAGUCUGAGAUGUACGUGGACGCCGUGCCGAACGGGACGCAGAGCUUCCGGAGUCUGGGCGAUCUGCAAGAGCAGUUGGAGAAGGGAGCGAUAGGAGACGGGGCCCGCGUUUGUCUGGACAGGGGCGAGGGGCUGGGCGACGUUAUCGUCGGAACCCAGAUUUCUCCAACUAUCUUGGCAUCACUGAGGAGCAGGAACACGCCUCUCAUGCAAAUGCACCUGGCGCAUUUUCGCUCACACAUUUUCCACGUUGCCGUGCAUGUGCGCCGGGACGACGUCUUCAGCGGAUCUUCAGCUGGAAUGCAGCGGUUCACGAGGGACGAGUGGUACAUUUGGCUCAUGAACAUCAUGCGAGAGAAGGUGCCCCACGCAGAGUUCCACGUCUUCAGCUCCCUCGGAUCGCGCGGCCUUCACACGUCAGAGGAUUUUGACGUGUACCGCAACUGGGGCGCUAUCGUUCACCUGGACACAGAGGCGCGUGAAACCAUGGCGUACAUGGCCAGAGCCGACGUCCUGGUCACUGCGAAGAGCACUUUCUCAUACGUGUCGGCUUUGUUGAACCCUAAUUGUGUGCUCUUCCAAAGGUGGAAAAGGAAGAUGCCAGAGUGGGUGGAGCUGCCCCUCACGAGACAGGGCGGAAUUAACAAGGGCGAAGUGUUGAUUCAUCAGAUUGCGAGUUGCAUGGAACGCCAGGCAAUCGCUCGGUGACCUUACCAUGAAGAGAUUCAUGCGCAAUGGUGAGCGCGAGCAUGCGAACCCGCUUCCGCCCGCGGAAGCCCCCCCCCGCUCUCUCUCCCUCUCUCUCUCUCUCUCCUCUCUUCAUGCGGUUCUGAUACGUGGUGGCAUGCUUUGUUGCUUGCAGUUUGACCCGCCUCGGAGGGCGCCCCACC